GCCACUAUGGCAGCAACAUCCCUCUCUUCGCUCCCGCCUGAGAUUCUGCUGGACAUCUUCAUGCAUACUGUUCCCCUGCGCAAUAUAUACACAACACCAAUACCCGUUAUUGGAUGGCGGUCUUGGUCCCGGCGCGAUCAGUGGGAUCUCGAUUGUCCGUGGUCGCUGGCGCAAGUCUGUCGCAGCUGGCGGUCGCUGGCUUUGAACUACCCACCGCUGUGGUCUUCAUUUGUCAUUACCACUUCUGUGAUGGACCGCGACAUCCCGCUCCUCCGGCUCCAAUUGACGCGUUCUGGCGUUGCUCCGCUGAGCAUCUUCGUCUGGUACACGCCCAGCACACAUUACUCGGACUCGGAACGGCCGCAGUUUGAAAAGUUCAUGGCGCGGCUCAUCGGAGAGCGUUCGCGGUGGAAGCGGCUGGCGGUCAGGCUGGACGUGUUGAAGGGAACCGUUUUGGAUGAUGCGAUCCAGGACAUGCCGUUGCUUGAGGAGAUUGUGUUUAGCGGAGGUGGGCUCUCGGAGAAGAGCUUCCUGGUUGAGAAUGCACCGCGUUUGACGUGCGUUGUGCUGGGUGAUAUGUCGUCAACGGCCAUUUCCCGGGUCCCUAUGCUGCCCUGGCACCAAAUCACCACCUAUAAAGCUUGUUACGUGCGGGGCGCAACACACUUGGCGUUCCUCACUCAGGCUGCCGCAUCGCUCGUUGACGCAGAUAUCGACUUUGGCACAAGUAAUGAUGGCUUGAACCGGGUCAAAGCUUCAACUGCAGUUGUUCUACCUAAACUUCGCCGAUUGGUCGUCACCAACAACAAGUUCCUCGAUACUCUCACCGCGCCAGUGCUGGUCGAACUAUUCCUGCCCUAUGCCGAAUACAACUAUGUCGUUCCCUUCUUGCAUCGUUCCCGCUGUACCCUCACAGGCCUGAUACUUGCAGGCUCCAAUUCCAAAGCAGCCGAUAUCCCGAGCUUCCUAGAACAUACCCCGGCACUCAGGUAUUUUGCGAUCGACUACAACUCGGAUAAAAGCGGGCGUUUGCUGUCGAUGCUGGUCCGCGCGCUCAUCGUCGACUCAACCCGCCAGCCUGAGGCCGUGGCGAUCCUCUGCCCCUCACUUGUCUGCUUUGCUCUCGGAGAUCGGACCGACGCGCUCAUCUGCUACAAGACUGAUUCAACGGACCUCCGCGAGUGGCUGGUGGACAUCGUCCGCUCCCGCGCAGAGGCUGCCGAACGGGGGACGUGUGCUGCAUUGAGGGAGGUCAACGUUUAUGGCAAACGUGUUCGACUGGGGAGCGCUGCGUUUCGCAUGGCGAAAUUGGGUGUUUUAAGGACAGAGAAUUUAAGGGGGAAGGCCGGGAGGAAUGCAGUAAGACGGUGGCGCAAAUACGAGAGCUAUUGA